UCCGUAUACUACACUAAACUAAUAGCCACGCCUACUCUCUAAGGGUGUGCCCCUAAUACAAUAGAACUGUCAGACGUUAUAUGAGGCAGACAGUAGAAGCUACUCAAUUCAAUGGAUCUGCUGGGGACUAUUCUAAACAAGAUGGAUGGGCCGCCUCCUGCUAGCGAGAAGGAGAAGAAAGAAGCAAGAGAUAUGAGAUCAAAGAUUGAGAGGGAACAGAGAAUUGAAAAGAGUCGUCGAGAAGCUUUUCGUAAAAAUAUUUUAACACAGAUUGGUGUUUUCCUUGAAGACGGAACUAAAAAGAGAGUCAAGUUCUCACCAAUGGACAAGAUAAUGAGAUCCAUAGUUCAUGAAGUGGCAGAGACUGCUGGAGUGAUUGCUUAUUCAUUUGGUAGUGAAGAAGUGGACAGACACGUGGUACUGUUCAAAAAGGAACAUGCUCCAAGUGAUGAAGAGCUACAUGCUCUGAGGAAUGGAGAAGUGUAUUCUCCUACUUCAGUCAAGCCCACAGGAGAAGGUGCUACUCCUCUGUUGGGUUCAACUGGUCAGACUAGUUCUAAACCAGUUGGGCCAGUAUCCAAUUACAGGGAUAAAUACAAGCACUUGAUAUCAACGGAAAUCAGUGAACCAGCUCCACUCAAACCUCAACCAGAAAGAAACUUUGGAUUUGUACCCAGUUCUAAUAAAAGGGACGUCAGGUCAAUAGAGGAAACUUUGAUUGACUUAAGAACUAAGAAGAAAGCUAAACUAGAAGCUCCUGAUGACAGCUAAUGAUGAAUAUAUUAAUAGUGUCUUUAUAUUUCAUAUGUUAUAUUUUAUGUCAGCUAAUGUAAUGAGUAUAUUUUUAUUUCUUGAAUGCUAUAAUUCCCUUUAUACCAUUGACCCCUCAA